AAUACCCGAUCAGGCGAUAAGACGAGUGGCGUCCAGCACGUAAGUUGAUCUAGAAAUAUUCAAACGGCAGUUGGGUUUUGUGUCUGUCUCUCCACUAAAUCCUCAUUGAUCGAAACGUUCGAUUCCCAUCUAAAAAUUGGUCGAAUAUAAUUGAUUCAUUUGAUUCAUUUAGUACAAGCGCCAUUUCAUCAAGUGUUAAACUGAUUCGCUGCGGAGGAAAAUGGACGAGCGGAAUACUGGAUUAGGUUUACUCGUUAUUCUGGCCCUGGCUUUAGUCCUACCCGCCACGUCGGAUGUGACGUCAUCUUACGUCACUCUGACCAGGGAUGGCUACCAAAACGUUGUCGUUUCCAUCGAAGAAAACUCCGGAUUUGCCAGCUGCCAGGAAGGACUCGACACCGUCAAGGAAAUGGUUCGAAGCACUUCCAAGAGCUUCGCUCAAGCCCUGGAACGGCCGGCUUACUUUGGCAAUGUCACCAUCAUCUUUCCCGAUUCCUGGGCGGCCGAUCCUCUUUGUAGCCCACUGAUGACGUCGGCCAAUGUCAGCGACUUGCCGUGGGCCAGGAGUCAUCGGGCCGACAUCCGGAUAACGCCCGAUCACCCGGUCUUCGGAUGGCAGCCGCACUCGUUCCAGUAUGGCCUCUGCCAACAGUCCGGCCUCCCCAUCAACGUGCCAUCGUCGUUUGUCACUAGCGACACCGUUUUAGCCAAAGGAAUGAGAAUGGCACGAGAAUGGGCUCAUUAUCGUUACGGCGUGUUCGACGAGGGCGGAAUGCCAAGCGACCAACGUCACCCGUCAGGUUAUUUGACGUACCAAACGGAAAAUUCCGACAAGAUUUUGCGCCCCAAUACUUGCUCAGAUCUCAAAACGCCCUCCGGAAGCUGGAGCAGUGAAAAUUGUCAAUCGACUUCAACUGCCGAUUCCACUUGCGAAUUCGUCGCUGAUGUCAACAAUCCGGACAUCCGGUCUUCGCUGAUGUAUCGCCCGGAUUUGGAUCACAUGGAGAAGUUCUGUACCAAGGAAAAUCACGACGACAGCGUGCCGAGCAAACUCAGUUAUCACUGCGGCCGUCUCAGCGCCUCCGAAGUCAUUUACAAGCACUCUGAUUUCAAUCCCGGAGUCACGCCGGCUAACGCUUCGGCCGACAUCACGUUCAACGUUAUCCAGAACCCGUUCAGCGGCUACCACGUCGUCCUCGAUAUGGUUUCAUUCAAGGACGCGAAAUCGUUCGAGACAGCCAAAUCGUCUCUGAUGCAAUUCGUCAGCUUCUUUUUGGACCCCAUUUGGCUGUCCAUCGACGUCCAUAAUGGUGAUAGCGUAACCGAGUUACAGCCGCCGGUUGUGCUGGACAGUGUCAUCAAAAACGACUUGCUAUCCAAAAUCGGGGAUUGGGAAUAUACUGCUAGCAGUUCCGAUAAAUUUGGCGAUGCUCUGUCGAGAGCUCAAUCGAGAGCCUAUAGCGGGCAGGACGUCAUCAUUUUAACGGCCGUUCAGACAUUUUCAAGUCUGAGCACUUGGGUCAAGUCGUACGAAGAUAACAAAGUCAACGCCCAUCUCGUUCAUUUCGGAGUGUCGACGACCAAGGUGGACAUCGCCCAGCUGACUCGUUACGGCAGUUCGAAUUUCGUGCCGAAUGUCAUCAACAACCGCGUACAGAGCGCCUACUCAUGGGCGGUCAAUAUCCUUCAGUCCAUUUACGGCAAAACGAGAACUCAUCGAGCCAAACUUUUUGAGCAGUCCGUCAUUCAGAAUUCGUCCAAAUUAGACUUAAACAAGACGGGUACAUUUUACCUGGACAGCCCAGCGUCCAGGUUGCUGGUUUCGCUCUAUAACCUCGACGCAAAUAAAAAUGCUCUCAACAUCGAUUCGUUUUCCCUCAUUCAACCGGACGGACUGCGAAUCCCAGCAACAGACUACUACGAUUACGGAAAUAUGUAUUAUUACAAAAUUGAAUUCGAAAACUAUAACAAAAUUCGCGGGGAAAUUAUUUCGUUUUUCUCAUUCAUUCUUUUUUCGCAGGGCCUGUGGCGUUUUGAAAUCCUUUUUCAAGACACUUCUGACAAGCUGUCGGAUAAACGACUGGACAUCUGGGCUGAAUCUGCCAAUUCGUCUCAAAUCCAGAUGCGGACGUGGAACAGCGCCCUGGAUAAUCAGCCGUUAGAUUUCACUAAAGCACCGGUCGGCCUCUACGCCCAGCUGACGCAGGACAGUAAGCCCAUUCGAGGAGCCAAUGUCACGGCCUUUGUCUACGUCAGCGACAGUGCCGGAUCGACUUCCAGUUUGCUGGCCGAAAUCCCUUUGAUGGACGAGGGAAUUUCAGAUGUGACGUCCGGUGACGGAAUAUAUUCCGGUUUCAUGACAAAGCCGUCGAAUACGUCUCUCACCUAUUCCGUCUACUACUGGGCCUACGGCGUCAACAGCCUGGCCGAGGUCGACAACGGAGUGUACAGCCGACAACCGACGACCGGAAGUGUUAUACCCAUGUCGGAUCCUGUUCCGGCCGCCAUCCAAUUCAACCGUUUCGAAUACGGGCCGAGCUUUCAGUUGACGACGGUGCCAACCAACGGAGUCGACCUGAUUCCACCGCAGCGCAUCACCGAUCUGACCAUCCUCUCCUACGAUUCGUCCAGCAGGACGGCCGUCCUCGGCUGGACCGCCUCCAAAGACAAUUACGGAACGGGCGAUUUCGUUACAUAUUACCGGCUGGAACGAUCCAUCGGCACACGAGAGACCGUAACGACGGACUAUCCAUCUCUGGCCAUAGUGGACGGAACAGUUAAUGUUACGGUCGAGGUGCCUUCCGUCAACGAGGGCGAGUACGUCAAGUACCGGGUACAAGGCCGGGACGCUUUGGUCAAUUACGGCGAAGUUUCCAACGUCGUCUCGUUGGCCGGCCCAACUCCUUCGACCGGCGGGUUAUCCACGGCUGGACUGUGGGCCAUCAUCGGCACUUUCAUCGCCCUGGUUGUCAUCAUCCUCAUCAUUGUUCUCAUCCGCUGUUGCUGCCCAGUCGAAGCCAAGCGCAGAAAGCGACAGGCCCAGCGCAAGAUGCGCAAUCUGUUCUCGUCCAACGACACGGCGACCAGACGGGCGGAAGACACUCCGGUCACCAGGUACCAAUCGCCGCCACCACCCGUCAAGUCGUGGACAUCGUCGGACAUGCACCGUGACGGUGGAGACCCGCCGGCCGUCAGACGGGAAAGUCACUCGUCGUCAUCUUCCUCCGACAAAGUCCGCCCGCAACAACAGCCGCAAGUGGAAGUCCGGCAGAAAAAGGCCAAUCCAGCGCCGGGGUCCAUUCAAGGCUCGGAGCGUAUCUACUUCGGUCGAGAGGACAUUGAUAGAAUGACGACUGGCCAGCGCAGCGAAACUUAUUCCGAAAGAGGCACGGAUGAGAUGAUCAAACGGGCACCUUCGAUGGACUUACAACUGGCCACCAUUUUGAGGUUGAACAGCAGCAACAUGUCGAUCGAGCGGGCCGGACUGGAAGACAAUUACGACGAGUCGGAUGGAGCCGCAAAGCCGAGAGUUUACGAGCGACCGUACAAGCCCAAUCCGGUGUCCAGCCGGCCGGUCAGCAGCCAAGUGACUAGCAAAGGUUUCUCGUACAUUCACGGUCCGAACAACAAGCCGCUGUCGCAAUCCGAAACCAAUUUGUACUAUUACACCGACGUGACCCUCCGUCCGCCGGUAGGCCCGUCGACCAAGUCGUCGCCCACCAAUUCGUACCUGUCCGUCUUCGCCGAUCAGAGGGCCGAUGGGGUCCAUCAGCCGUCGUCUGCCCAGUCCAGUCUGGCCAACACCCUGCGAGCCGGCCUGAGAGUCAACGAAGAGUGGCGGGAUUCCAACAGUUUCGUCUACACCGAUCCUCGUUACGACGGUCAAUCCAACGGUCAGAGCAGCUUUGACCCCCAGUUGCAUCCGGCCAACCAAGUCGGUCUUCCGCCAGCUUUGCCAACUCUACCGCCACCUAAUAUCCCUCGAAUGUAUAAUUCGGAUGCUGGAUAUGCGGAUGACCACCGUUCCAGCCACAUGUCAAUGGAUCAGUACGGAGUCGAUCCGCAGAAAAUGAGCAGGUCUUCCAGCAAACCGUCUUUGGUUUCGGCCGUUUAAAUUUUUUCAUUCAAUUCUGAACAAUAAUUAAUUUCAAUUUUUUAAUUUCAAACCCAAGUAUAAAUACCCCAAAACCAAUCAAUUUACACGUGAUUUCCCCCUUACACAUUACACUUUUAAAUUCGUGUGCGUCUGUAUCGUCAAUUUCCAAUCAGUAUAAUAAAAAUGGAUAUCUAAUUAAUCGGUAGGCCCUAUAGAUAUUUAUUAUCAUUUGCUUUAUAUUUGUAUUGUGCUCUGCGGGAACUAGCCAGCGGCGAUAUCAAAACACACACGCAAAAAUGGGUAAGGGGGGCGCAGGAGACUUUGACACACGAUGGCAUCGUCCAUUAUUUUUCAUCCGUACCGGAAUGAUGGGGGGGGGGGGGGAGGGGAAUGACAGUAUAUAGGAAUAUAAUUCAAGGCGAAAAAAAAAAUGAUGUUGAUGAUGGAUAAAAAUAAACUCCAAUGAAAGAAACAAAACUUUGAGCAAAAAAAAAAGAAAAUUGGUCAUACGUGAAGGACGAACCCGAGAAAAAUAGUUAACAGUCGAUGGUGUGGAGUUGGGAGAAAGAUGUAAUAAGGUUUAAAAAAAAAAACAAUAGAGAGGAACGAUCUCAUUAAUGUGGGAGAAUAAGGACAAUCAUUUCAUCACAAUU